AUGAAGUUGGAGAAGAUAAAGCCACGAGAAGCUUUUCUAUUAGGUGACUGGGAGUUGGUGGUGUUUCUUGGUGACUUGGAGUUAGUGAUGCUUCUUGGCUUUUCUUGUAGCUGGCCAUGUUCUACAGUGAGCAAUUCUGAGUGCUUCUUAUUAGGCAUAGGAGGGAUCAGUGUGGAGGAAAAAUUGAAGGUAUGGGAAGAUCGUAACAAGGACGCAGUUCAUAAGCUUCAGCUCUUCCUUCUUGAUGGAAUCAAAGACGAAAACCAUCUAUUAGCUGCUGGUUCAUUGAUAUCCCGCGGUGACUACAACGAUGUAGUCACCGAGCGCACGAUAGCUGAGAUGUGCGGCUACCCACUCUGCACCAACCCUUUGCCAUCCGACCGGCCGCACAAGGGGCGUUACCGCAUCUCACUCAAGGAGCAUAAAGUCUAUGACCUUCAAGAGACGUACAUGUAUUGCUCGAGUACUUGUUUGAUCAAUAGCCGAGCUUUUACUGCGAAUUUGCAAGAAGAGAGAUCCUCGGAUCUCAACCCUGCGAAAUUGAGCAGAAUUGUUAAGUUGUUUGAAGAAUCGAAUUCGGACACUACUGUGGAUAUGGGCAAGAACGGAGACCUAGGCAUUUCCGAGUUGAAGAUUCAGGAGAAAACAGGUAGAGAAGCUGGGAAUUUGUCCAUGGAGGAGUGGAUUGGUCCGUCAAAUGCGAUUGAUGGCUAUGUGCCACGGAGUAACAAAAACUUGGAGUCACUUCAAUUGAACAACAAUAGAAAAGCUGCUAAAAAGGGAAAAGGGCCUAAGCAUCGGCUUUCUGAUCCAAAUGUGCAAGACAUUAUGUCCUUUGACAUGAACUUCACAAGUACUAUCAUUACUCAAGAUGAGUAUAGCGUUUCCAAAGCUGCUCCAUCAUUGAAGGCUAAAGAAUCAAGAGGAAAGUUGAGUGCUAAAAGUGUAAAUUGUGAGAGCAAGCCAAUGCAAAACCCAGCUGCUUCAUUGACUGACAAAAAUGAAGUUCAACCGAAAAAGUCUGAUAUAAGUAUGGGUUCUACUGGAGUAGAUGACAAUGUUGAUGCACCCGAGGAUAUUUCUAGUGCUUGCCAAAGUGAUGAUACCAGGGCUACUGUUCUGAGGUCCUCUAUAAAGACUUCGGAUUCAAAGAAAUCAGUCCGCUGGGCGGAUGAGAAGACUGAUUUUGAUGGGCAAAAUCUUGAAGAGUAUCAAGAAUUUAAAGAAGAAAAAACAGAUUUAGUAACACCCCAUUCAGCAGUUGAGGAAGUCGGUGAGGAGGAGUUGUAUAGAUUUUCAUCUGCUGAAGCCUGUGCGGAGGCUCUAAGCCGAGCUGCUGAAGCUGUUGCAUCAGGAAAAUCAGAUGCAUCUGAUGCUGUAUCUGAAGCGGGUGUAAUAAUAUUACCACCUCCUCAUGGAGUGGAUACUGCUAACUCUGAAGAGAAUGCUGAUAUCAAGACAGGCCUGAUACAGUUAAAGUGGCCUCUUAAACCUGGAGUCUUAAGUUCUGAUUUGUUUGACUCUGAGGAUUCUUGGUAUGAUAGUCCCCCGGAUGGGUUCAACUUGCAAUUGUCGACUUUUUCAACAAUGUUUAUGGCACUCUUUUCCUGGAUAUCGUCAUCCUCUUUAGCAUAUAUAUACGGAAAGGAAGAGAGUUUCCACGAGGAAUACUUGUCGGUCAAUGGGAGGGAGUAUCCUCACAAGAUUCUGUCAGAUGGGCGCUCUGCGGAGAUUAAGCAUACUCUUGCUGGCUGCCUUGCUCGAGCCUUACCCACUCUUGUGACUGAACUCAGGCUUCCUGUACCAGUUUCAACUCUUGAGCAAGGACUGGGCCGCUUACUAGAUACAAUGUCUUUUACCGAUCCAAUUCCUGCAUUUAGGAUGAAACAAUGGCAUGUUAUUGUCCUGUUGUUUCUUGACGCUCUUUCUGUCAGUAGAAUUCCAUCGCUGACCCAAUAUAUGUUGAGUAGAAGAGUUGUAAUUCCCAAGGUUCUUGAGGGUGCACAGAUUGGUUCCGAAGAAUUUGAGAUAAUGAAGGAUCUGGUCAUUCCACUUGGCCGAGCACCUCAAUUCUCGACUCAGAGUGGAGGCUAGUCAAAGAAAGCCAUCAAAGAGUGCCUUGCUGCAUACUACUAUAUUGGAAACUCUGCUGAAGCAACACGAGUUAGAGAAGAUGGGUUGCGACUGCUUCUAUCUUCUACGAGCUUUGCCUGGCCUUCGGCAAAUGCUUUCAAGUUAUAUGGUUUGAUGCCAGUUGCAAUGUUUUGAAAUAUCAAUGAGUUUAUACGACUACGAUAAACCUGGGUUUCAGCCACCAGAACUGUGAAAUGCAAAUGCAUAUAUAAUAGCUAGCCAGCAAGUUAAGCAUACCUGAUUUGUUUUUAUUUUAUUUUAUGGCGAUUUUCGAGCAUCUUGAUUUUUGUAAGAGAUUGCUUUGCCAUUUGGAAGUGGACUGUUUUUUUUUUUAAUUUUUCAAUAUUUAGCCGAAUUGAAUUUUUUGACCAA